AUGUCUGAAUCUCCUGUGGUUACCAAACAAGUCCGAUAUAAGAAUGACGCUGUGGCAGCCUCCAUAAAAAACAUUCGGGAACAGAAAGGUCUAGAGAGACAGCUCACACAAAUAGAGAAACAUUGGCACCUGGAACUCAAGCAUCUGACACGUGAAAAACUUGAAGUCACAUACGAACUCACCCGACUGGAGGAGGAAAAACAAAACUUAGAAUAUCUUAACGAGGAGGUCGAGGGGGACAGUCUAAAAACCUAUACGGACAACAUCCGGGACAAAAACGGUCAACAAAAGGAGGAGGAUAAACAGAUUGAUAGGUUUAAUUAUCAAAAUUCGGAAUUAAACAAGGUGCAGUUACGACUUCCUGAUGUUCAUAAACCUUUACAUAUAUUAAAGGAAAAUGGAUUACAUCAGUCAAUGCCGGUGGCAAAGAAACCUAAACUGUACAGAUCCAACUCAAUACUGAGACAUCACUCGGAAAAUAAUGUCAGUUUUCCUACUGAAACUAAAAUAAUUCGGACGGAAUCAAAAGAAAACGUAAAGAAUAUAAGUUUACCUGAUAUCAUGUGUUCUGACCAGAGUAAAACCAAGUUUGUGCGCAUGAUAGAGAAAGAUGUGGAACGUUUCAUCAGUACUGACCAUAACGUGGUGCAAACUCCGAGUACUCCACAUUCUAAAUAUUAUAGACGAAAGAAGCAACUUUCAUUUCCGCCCCUUAGCGAUAUGCGUGACAGACGACACACGGUGCUGUAA